AUGGCAGAGGCAUUUCUUCAAGUCAUUCUUGAUAAUCUAAGCUCUCUUAUCAAGGAGGAGAUCGGACUGAUCUUGGGCGUCGAUGAUGAGAUGAAGAAGCUCUGCAGCACUCUCACCACCAUCCAAGCUGUGUUGGAGGAUGCCGAAGACAAGCAAAUCGAGAGCAAGCCAAUUCGAAACUGGCUGCAGAAGCUCACCGCUCUUGCUUAUGAGAUUGAUGACAUUUUGGAUGAGUGCAACACUCAUGUCUCCAAACUCAACCACUCUCAUUCAAAACUCAGCCGCUACAGCCUCAAGAAAUUAUUGUAUCGCCACAACAUCGCAAGGAGGAUGAAACAAGUCAACGAGAAAGUGGAGGCAGUUGUUGCGGAGCGUGCUAAGUUUCAUCUGCGUGAGAUGCCUGUUGAUAGGCCAAGAGAAGUUGCUCUUGCCUCACGCGAGACGGCUUCCCUGUUGAACGAGUCUGAUAAGAUUCAUGGUAGGGAAGAAGAUAAAGACAAGAUUGUGAAGAUCUUGGUGAACGAUGUGAAGGAGAGACAGGAGAUGUCCGUGCUGCCAAUCAUAGGUGUUGGCGGCCUUGGGAAGACCACUCUCGCUAGACUAGUCUUCAAUGAUCCGCAGGUGGAAGAGCACUUUGAUCUAAGGAUUUGGGUUUGUGUGUCUGAUAAUUUUGAGAUGAAGACUUUGGUGAAGGCCAUGAUUGAAUCUGCCACGGGGAGUGGAAAAGCUUCGGAUCUGCAGCACUUGGAUGCUGCAGAGCGUCGCCUAUGUGAAUUAUUGAGCAAAAAGAGAUAUUUGAUUGUAAUGGAUGAUGUUUGGAAUGACCGCCAAGAUAAAUGGUUUGAGUUGAGGGACGUUUUAACAUGUGGCUCAACCGGCUCAUCGGUUGUUGUCACCACACGCCAGAAGAAGGUUGCUGAUAUAAUGACAACACUUCCAUGUUAUUGCCUUGAGGGGCUGUCAGAUGAGCACAGUUGGGCGCUGCUACGGCAGCGAGCCUUUGGACCAAGAGAAGAGGUGUCUCCCCAGUUGGAAAUUAUUGGGAAACAAAUCGUGAAGAAAUGUGCAGGAGUGCCCCUGGCUGCAACAACGCUUGGAGGAAUACUACGGUUUAAAAGGAUAGAAGAGGAAUGGAUACAUGUGAGAGACAGUGAGAUAUGGAAGUUGUCGGCAGAAGAGAGUUUGAUCAUGCCAGCGUUGAGAUUGAGCUAUCAUCAUCUUCCAUUGGAGCUUAGACAAUGCUUUGCUUAUUUUGCAGCCUUCCCUAAGGAUCAUUACAUUGCAAAGGAAAAACUAAUCCUUCUAUGGAUAGCUCAUGGCUACAUUUCAUCAAAGGGGACUCUACAAGUGGAAGAUGUUGGAAAUCAAAUAUGUAAUGAGUUACUACUCAGAUCUCUUCUACAAACAAAUGUGUAUGAUAACAGUGAGAUCAGACUUGUGGCUUUACCUAAGAAGCUCACAUCCUUACGUAAUCUCCAACAUCUAUUGGGUCUCAAGAGAGAUAACCAACUUGAGGAACUGGAAUUCUUGAACCUUAGUGGAAGGCUCGAGAUUAGGCAUUUGGAGAGAGUAAAAGACCAUAUGGAUGCAAAGAAAGCAAAGAUUGGAAAGAAAAACAAUCUUCGAGAAUUGAGACUAUCAUGGGAAAGAAAUGACUCGAUCCAAGACAGAUCUAGAGGAGGAAGUUGA